CGGGCCUUUUUGCGAGACGUCUUCCACAUCGUCCCAUACCGCCAUUUCCACCAUGCCGGUGCACAGACGCAUGGGGGGCACGCAUUGGCGGGAGGGGGACGUCUGGACAGGACAGCAGCUCAUGCACGAUUCAAGGGCUUCGCGCCUCGAGCUCUCGGCGCGCAUGCGUCAAAGACUCAAACCGCCUCAUGCACGAACUUGCAUAUGCGGUCUCUCCUGUUGCCGCAGCGAUGCGUCUGGGCUUCCUGCAAGGACAAGAUGACAAUGAUCCCUCGUCUUGACUCGACACAUCACCUGCCUCUUACUUCGUAGGUACUAACGUUAACUACCUCGUAGUUGUGAGGAGUCGUCGUUGUCCCUUCCCCCCGGCCCGCAAAGAUGCAAGGCGGCUCCGACAUCUUGAUUGGUGCGGGCAAGCUCCAUGAAGCCCGCUCCUACUUGGCUCGGCUUACCCUGCACCGGAGCGGUUCGCGUUCUCGGCGACGCCUUGCUCGGGUACAGAUGCCGUUCUCCGAAUGACACUAGGGAUAGGACCGGCAUUUAAUUAAGCCUUGUGACGGCCGUGGCAAAGGUUGACACAUCUCAGGCCACUCGACCUCUGUGACGCGCGGGUUCGCUGACAAACGCCCUCAUCUAACCGAUCCUAUGAUGACCCGGGUUGGCGACGAAAUGAUCCACUUGGCGAGGGCUUCUCCAGUCUUUGCUGGCGGCGCCAGUCACCCGGCGAGAUAGGCUUCAUAACUUGCGUACUACUGACUUCGGAGAAAACGGCGUUAAAGGACCCAGAUCGCGCGAAAACGCCAGGGAAGCCAUGGCGACAUCUGCGGGAGCCGGGGCGAAGAUGCGCCGUAGCGGGUGGGACAGAAUCUCCAGGAGCCUCCCGUUCCCAAGCAGGAGGUGGGGUUUUAUUCUACUCAACUCGAGGCUGCCCCGCAUCCCCUGUCUCGCGCUCUUGGAGGGGGGCCGGCGGGCAACGACAUCAUCGGGGCGGCCCCGUAUGAAUAUAAAGCAGCGGCCCGUUGCUCGUUGGCUUUGGGUUGGGAGAGCAGCUGGAAGCACCACCUCCCCCAACGGAUCUCGCAUCGACGAACCGACACCAUGGCGAAGCCCGACGACAUCCCCCCCAUGACCUACCGGUUUCUCGGCCAGUCUGGUCUCCAGGUCUCGUCCAUCUCCCUGGGAGGCUGGCUCACAUAUGGCGGCCACGUCGAUCGAGAGGGCACGUUUGCCUGCAUGAAGGCCGCAUACGACUGUGGCGUCAACUUCUUCGACUGUGCCGAGGUCUACGCCGCGGGCGAGUCCGAGAUCGUCAUGGGCGAGGCCAUCAAAAAGUACGGCUGGAACCGCAAUGACCUGGUCAUCUCGACAAAGGUCUACUGGGGCGCUGCGUUCGGCAACAACCCCGUCAACAACAAGGGCCUCUCGAGGAAGCACAUCGUCGAGGGCGUCAACGCCUCGCUCAAGCGCCUGGACCUCGAGUACGUGGACCUCAUCUACGCGCACCGGCCGGACCGGCAGACGCCCAUGGAAGAGACGGUGCGCGCCUUCAACCACAUCAUCGACUCGGGCAAGGCGUUUUACUGGGGCACGUCGGAGUGGAACGCCGACGAGAUCGCGCAGGCGUGGCGCGUGGCCGACCGGCUGGGGCUCAUCGGCCCGGUCAUGGAGCAGCCGGCGUACAACAUGCUCACGCGCGAAAAGGUCGAGGGCGAGUUCGCGCAUCUCUACCGGCCGGACAACGGCGGGCUAGGCCUCACCGUCUUCUCCCCGAUGAAGCAGGGCAUCCUGUCGGGCAAGUACCGCGACGGGAUCCCCGAGGACUCGCGCUUCGCGCAGACGACGGUCGAGUUCAUCAAGGGGUACUGGAAGCGCACGUCCAAGGACGACUGGGCCGGCAUCGUCGAGCAGGUCAACAGGCUGCAGCCCAUCGCCGACCGGCUCGGCAUCAAGAUGAGCACCCUGGCCCUCGCGUGGGUGCUCAAGAACCCCAACGUGAGCUCCGCCAUCACGGGCGCGAGCAGCCCGGAGCAGGUGUACGAGAACUGCCGCGCCGUGGCGGCCGUGGACAAGCUGACGCCAGAGGUCAUGGAGGAGAUUGACGGCGUCCUGAACAACAAGCCCCCGUCAGUGACCCUGCGGCAUUGAGAGCGUGUGUCUUGACUUGAAGUUCCGAGUCGGCAUGAAACAACCUUCUACGUCCACCCGCAUGGUGAGAGAGUGAGGGUGUGACCGACCCCGGCCUUUAGAGAGACACAGAAAACGCGGAUAGAAAUACAGAGUCAUACAAGCAAGGUGCAAGAACAAUUCGUGUAAC